GACACACUGCUGCUGGGGGGACUUUUUAACCUAGGCCUGUGUAUGGCCUUCAAUUGAAGCUGCUUCCCCUCCGCCACUCUGCCAUGGGCCUCUUGGGUAUCCCCCCAAGCUGCUGCUGCGGGUCCAGAGUGUGUCAUGGGUCCCUGUACGGCCUCCCAUUGCUGCUGACUUCAUCGCCAGACUCUGCCAUGUGCCACUUUCAGGUCUCCUUACACUGUUGGUGGGUUCCAUUUUGUGAUAGGGUGCUGUAUGGCCUUCCAUUGCUGCUGCCUCCACCGCCACCCUGCGCCAUGUGCCUCUGUCGUCUGCUCAUGCUGCUGACGGCUUCCGCUUUUUAAC